AUGACAAAAAAACAAUCAAACAAGUCUACGCUAUUUAGGGCAGUUACAAGCAUUGUCAUUAUUGGGAGUGCUAUAUAUACUGCUUAUCAGCUAUGGAAUAGCCAACAAUCAGACGAUGAUAUUAGAGAAGGAAAUUCCUUUCAAGAUGAGACGAAUGGUGGUGAAAUAAGUUUGAAGAAGAAGCUUCCUAGGAAUACUAAGAUCACUCUUGUUGUAACACAAGGGACUUUGAAAAGUAUAAAAGAACACAACAAUAUAGGCGAGCAAUGUAUUGAUAUUCAGCAAUAUUUGAGAUAUUACCCCGGCUUGACGUUAAUACUAUAUCCAGGUAUUAACAUCAACGAUCUUCGAACAUAUUUUGAGAUUGAUGAUAGUUUAUUGCACAGAAUCAUACCGACAACAAAGGAGGAAAGCAUAUUUCAUGUUGCAAAGCAGCUGGAUUCUUUCAUCAAUUUAUUCAAUUUUGAUGACUUCGAAAUGCAUUUUGAUAUUAUAGUACAAAAGUUUCACAUCGAUGACUUUCUUAAAAAUCUUACCGACAUGAAGAAUUGCUUAUUUACUGAUUUCAUAUAA